AUGGCAAGUUUCCAAGUUAUAACAGAUCUACCGAACACUAUACUUCUCGAUAUUAUUCAGUACCUAUCACCUGCAGAUCGUUAUCGAUCUUUGCAUAACAUCAAUCAUACACUCGAUGCUAUUAUACGCUCUAGCACUACUCAUAUUAGUUUAUCAAAGAUCGAAUCGAGACGAGAUUUUGAUUAUCAUCUCGAGCACAUCCUACCCGAUGUUAUUAACAGUUUACGUUCUAUAAAAAUAUCCAAUGAUUUUGUGUUUGACAAAAAACAAGGAGACAUUGUUACAGGCGAUCGAGCAAUAAUGAUUGGUAUUAUUAAGAAAGUUCAAGCAAAAAUGAAUCUAGUUGCGUACGACAAGUUAGAAGAAAUAACCAUGGAAAAUGUUAACGCUACUCAACUAAAAGUUAUUUCGACAAAGUUGGUCAAUAUUCCUCACUUGAAACGUUUGAUAAUCUCUUUUUAUGGUACAAUAGCUGAUAUUUCUUCUUUAAUAUGUAAUAGUGAUAUCAUCCGAUCAAAACUGACGACAUUAAAUCUAACCCUAAGUGAUGACAAUAUUCUUUAUCCUAGUAGUACAUUCAUGAAUAUUCUUUCAAAUCUUGAAUACUUAACAAUCGAUUCCUGUCGAGUUGGAAAUGUUGCUGUACUGUUGCAGUUAGCUUCAAACAUCAAAUAUUUGAAGAUUUGUAUUUGGGAUUUUCCCGAUCAGACUCAAACGUACCCGUCAGAAAAAUUAACCCUGCCAAAUUUAACAUGUUUAAUAUUAGAAGUAGAUGAAGUAAAAUGGUGUUUUGUAGAACAUUUACUCAAACAAUGUGGAGAAAAAUUGAAACAUUUUACGUUUACGAAUUUUUGGCAUCAAUUGAACGUUUAUAUUGCAUGCGACUGGAUUAAAGGUUCAUCUGAAGAAGAUGGAGAUAUUGCCCAUGUCUAUUCUGUACCAUCCGGUCGAUCAACUUUUCUAACAUCAACGACUACAGUUAAUGUAAUAUCUCCAUCUUUGAACUCAUGUUACGAUAACAUUCGAACAUUACAGAUUAUGAUGGAUCAAAAACUGUUUCGUGGCACAAAACAUAGAUAUAUAAAUGUUGAUUGGAUUAUAUUAGAAUGCCUCUUAUGGCAUAAUAGUGAUAUUUUAUCCUUCUUGAAUUGCUCCGUCAACUGCAACAAUAUUCAUCAUUUAGAAUUCAAAUGUGUUCGUGCAGUAUUGAAACCGCAAGUUUUUUGUCAACUAUUACAACAAUGUCCGAAUUUGUAUUCAUUAAGACUACAUUCCAAAAUACUUGAUGAGAUGACAAAGAAAUUUAGUGAUGAUAAAACACGUUUGCUUUUACAUAAAAUGAUCAAGCAUCUACAAUUUAAUACUGGAUUAGAACAGGAAGACAUUAAUGAACAAGUAAUGGAAAGAUUUGUUCAAACAUUCACCAACCUCGAACGACUUUUUAUUCACAUCAAAACACCAGAUGAUAUACUCAAAAAAUUAAGCAAAAUAUUAAUCUGUGGUGGUAGUUCAGCUACUGGUUUAUAUGCAAUUCAAUUAGCUAAAGCAGUUGGUGCUUAUGUUACAGCUACAUGUUCACAUAGAAAUUUUAGUUUAAUGGAAAAACUUGGAUAUACAAUAACACAAACAAGUAUUGAGAUGAAUAAUGAUCAAAAUCAAUUACAUGUUAUUGAUUAUACGGAAAAAGAUUUCGGAGAAGAACUUAAAGCUCAUCAUGGUUAUAUACGUCAUAUAUUAUAUGAAAAUUUUCAAGAUCUUGAUGAUAUUCGAACAAAAUUAAACCAUUAA